AGUUCAAUUUUGCAGCUUUAUGGAAGUAUUUUUUUGCGUUUAUAGAUAUUAUGUCUAGAUUAGAUGACAUUUUCCACUCUUUUAAAGCACCUUAAAAUAUGUUCUAAGAGUUGCUCAGAUUUCAUAGAAUGGUCUGUUCUUAGAAUAUAGAUUAUUAAUGUUCUAAGGAUCUGUUAGUCUGUGGUUAAUUGUAAUUCUGGCAUCACUGUAUGAAAACUUCAUAUUUGACAGCGCGGACUCUGUGAAAUAACUGUUGGUUUUAAAUUUUUGAACGUUGAGAAGUUGUUGACGGCCAUUGUAUUAAGCACUCAUUGAAUAAUUUUAUGAAUUAAGUUAUUGUAUUCUGAAUUAGUAGGUUUCAUUUGGAUUAAUGACGAAAUGGAUAAUUUAACAAUCGAUGACUUUUUGGAACUACAAAUUGACGAAGGAAGAAAAUUUUUGGAUAAUAAUAUAUUUCCUCUUCAAAAUAAAUACGAUGAUAUGCUCAAAGAUUUUGAAAAAUAUGGAAAAUUAUUACUUAAAUCAAACAAAUCUAAUAAUUAUGGACCCGUCAUAAAAUUUAUUAAUUCAGCAAAUUUUAUAGAGCGCUUCGGGACCCACAAAGAAAAUAGCUGUCCUAAUAUUGAAAAUAAUAAUGAUAAAAAAAAUGAAACAGCAGAUUCUUUGUUAGUCAAAGUGAAAAAAGAAAAACUGUCAAUUUCUAGUAAUGCCUCAGUUCAAUCAAUUAGAGAUGACGCUGAUACCAUGCCUGCACCCAAGAUGCCUCCACCAAAAACAAGACGAGUUAAAAAAGAAAAAGCGUCCCUUGCAAAAAAAGUUAAACAGGAGAUUAUACCCCAAGAAGACAUUUCGGAAGGAACAAAAAGGGUGACACGAUCAAAGGUAGAUAGGACAUCUGAUGUUAUAUUAGAGAAUCCAGUAGUGCCUGUUAUUGAUUUGUCUGAUUCCGUUGAUAAAAUUGAGGAACUUCCCAUCAGGAGUACGAGGACUCGUACUAAAAAGAAAGCAGAAUCUACUUCAGUUGAAAAUACAAAAACAAAAAAUGCUUCAGAUACCAAAGAAGAUACUGAAUUGUCUGAACCUCCUGUAAGAACAACAAGAACAAAAAGAAAAAGAUCAAAGUCAAAUUCUACUACAGAUGAGCCAUUGCAUAAAGAUGCGUCUUGCAUUGGCGCUGGAAAUGAAGCAAUCACAAACAUAUCUGCACAUACUGAAUAUGAAGAUGCAGUUUCACAAUUUGAAAAUAGGCCAAAUGCAACAUUUAUUGUUUCUAUGGAAAGUGAUUCUAAUGAGGAACAAAUCAAACUCGGAGGACAAAUGAAUGAAACUGUUGUAAUUGAUCCUAGCAAGAAUCAAGAAAUUGCCAUGAGUAACACAAAUGAUUUGAUUACGGAUGAUGAAAGCAUAGAGGAACAAGAAACUGCUAUUGUGAAACAACAAAAGAUCAAAAAAGAUAACUCUUAUGAAAACAGUCCUGUUAAGAAGAAAGUAGAAGUUUUUGAAAAUUUACAGAAAAACAAAAAUAUAACUACUUCAAAAUUGAACGCUAGCAAUAUUUUGAGAGAACUGGAAGGCAAUAAGGGAAAUGUUAAAGAAAAAGCUAAAGGAUUUUUUGCUAAAAAUUCCAUAGGUGUCACCAAAACUAAUCCUCCAAGUGCAUCGAAGAUAGGAAAGUAUAUUGGACACAAAAAUUCUAUGCUAAAUAGUAGUGUGUCUGUAAAUAAAUCAACAACUCCUCAGUCUUGCCAUACUUUGAAAGAAAGAGAACUGAGACAAGCCAUGACUGAAGAAAGAAAGAAGAAAUAUGAAGAGAAAGUUAAGAGAGUACUACAACAUCAGAAGGAAACUAUGGAGAAGGAAAAAGAAAAAGCGUUGGAAUUACAACGAAUCAAGGAAGAGAGAUAUAAAAUGGUCCUUCAGCAAAAGGAAGAGAAACAGAGAUUGCUUAAAGAAGAGAAUGAAAGGAAAAGACAACUGGCCAAGCAAAGGGCAGAAGAAAAAAGAAAAGAGGAAGAAGCAUUGAGAAUAGCAGCACAAGAGAAAAAAGAACAAAAAAGAAAGAUAGAAGGCGAUAUUCCAAAGAAAUUUGGUGAAAUGAUCCCAAUAUAUAUGCAUCAACCAACACCACCUUUACCAUGUUACGAUUGUUAUGAUUCAGAUGAUGAACGUUAUACAGAAAGAAAGAAUAUACCUGUGUGGGCCUCAAAAACAAAUGUGAGAAAAUGGGAUUACAUUCAAAUGGGAAUAGGACACAAAAUAAAAAAUACAAUGUUCUGUUGUCACUCACAGAAUAUAGAUCUAAAAGAAGUUUUCCAAAGGAUUGAUCCCAAAAAAUUGAAGAGGACUUCCAGUGCCAAUUGGGAAAAACCUCCAAGAUUUACAUUACUUCCGGCCACAUCAGAAACAGAUUGAAAUAUAUAUUUUUGUCUUUACAAUAGUUGCAUAAUAAAAUUAAUUUUAAAUGUU